GUUAAUAUUAAUCAAAAUGAGCGGACGAGGCAAAACCGGUGGAAAAGCCAGAGCCAAGGCAAAGACCCGCUCUUCCCGCGCUGGGCUCCAGUUCCCAGUGGGUCGUGUCCACAGGCUGCUGCGUAAAGGCAACUAUGCGGAGCGUGUGGGUGCCGGUGCCCCCGUCUACCUGGCUGCUGUGCUGGAGUAUCUGACCGCUGAGAUCCUGGAGUUGGCUGGAAACGCCGCCCGCGACAACAAGAAGACCCGUAUCAUUCCCCGCCACCUGCAGCUGGCCGUCCGCAACGACGAGGAGCUCAACAAGCUCCUUGGUGGAGUGACCAUCGCUCAGGGAGGUGUGCUGCCCAACAUCCAGGCUGUUCUGCUGCCUAAGAAAACUGAGAAGCCCGCCAAGGCCAAGUAA